UCAGUCUGUUUUCUCCACACCACACACACACACACACAUGCGCACAGAGGCAUGAUACAGUCCAGGGGACUCAACUUUGCAGAUUUCUCUUAGAGGGGUUGAGGAGAAACUGUCAAGACAUGGACUUUAGCCAAAAGAAGCAUUGAAAAGCGCUUGACUGCUUGGACUGGACACUCAAUCACUGUAGCUGACCUUGAACAACUGAGAGGGGGGAAGUGGAAUUGUGUGACGCAAGGGUACAUCCAGUUCCAUAAUGUCGAUCCCAACUGCCCUCUCCUUUUUCAACUCCACCUCCCCCUACACCACCACAGAGAUCUAUGUGAACAUAUCUCUGGCCCCCCCUGCUUACCCCUGCGAAGAUUGGCCUCCUGUACCCAUGACCACCCUCAUCCCCUCCAUCUACAGCAUUAUCUGCGUGCUGGGCACCAUAGGCAACGCCCUGGCAUUGAGUGUAUUGGCUCAUGGCAGUGCCUCGAGGAGAACUGUAGCUAACACUUUCAUGCUCAACCUGUGCAUGUCUGACCUGCUGUUCCUGCUGUCUCUGCCGCUGUGGGCUGUCUACUACUCCAGAGGCUACAGCUGGCCCUUUGGUUGGGUGGCCUGCAAAAUCUGUGGCGCUCUCCAUAACCUCAACCUCUAUGCGUCUAUCUUCUUCAUCACGUGCAUGAGCAUGGACCGCUACCUGGCCAUCGUGCACCCGCUCCGCUCCCAGAGUGCACGAGACCCUAAACGUGCUAGGCUCACGUGUAUCCUGGUGUGGGUUCUGGCAUUUGUUUGUACAGCACCCACCUUGGCUCUGAGGGAUAUUCAACACAUACCAGUGCUUGAUGUGGAGGCUUGUGUGAUUUUCUAUCCUGAUCACACCUGGUAUCUGACCCUGGCCAUCAUCAAGAUUGUUCUGGCCUUUCUGCUGCCACUGCUUGUCAUCUCUUGUUGCUACUGUGCUAUUGGGAGACAUUUGUUGGCUGAUACAGGGCUGGUGAGAAUGCAGAAUCCGUCACACACCCCCAGCAUGCCCUCUUUUAAAUCACUGGAGUCCAAGGAGAGCUGCGGUACACCAGAGAGACCCCCGACCCCCUGUGUGAACCCCAGCUCCAGCGGGGGCAGACCACUGGAGGGCAGAGGGCUGGAGAGGGUAUUGUGGACAGUGGCUGCGGUUGUUCUGGCCUUCUUCCUUUGCUGGUUCCCAUUCCACUGCGUGACGUUUUUGGAUGUGCUGAAGAGUGAAGGAUGGUUGGACGGCUGCUGGAUAAACUGGACCAUCCAAAAUCUCACCCCUCUCACCCUCUGCUUGGGCUUCUCCAACUCAGCCAUCAACCCCAUACUCUACUGCUUCAUCGGAAACCAUUUCCGGGGCCGUCUCGGGGGCCUCUGUAAGGGUCUGUGUGCUUCAUGUUUGAAGGCCCGUGGGGAAGAUCACAGUCAGAAGAGAGGAUCCUUCAGCACAAGGCUGAGCUCCUUCUCCCGAAAACUCAGUGACCUGAAAGACUUGGCAAUUGUUGAGGCCUCUGGUCCUGCCUAGCAGGCCCCAGCAGGCCUUUCCUCUACUUACUGGCCCCGCACCCCAAACAAUGACGCCAUCGUCAAGUGACUGCUGAAUUCAAAUUAGCAUGGACAUGUGAAACGGAGCUGUUACUGUAAUAGACUUUCAGCAGAACACAACACUGCCCUACAGAGACAGAGAGCAGUAGCUAAGUUUAGCCUAAAGAAUUGAGGCUGGUUUGGCAAACUGUGUAACAGAGAGAUAGAAUGUAAAUUGAAUGCCUUUUUAGGCAGAUGAGGAGGAGGACAAGGCAGCGCUCUACUGGUGGAAAAAUGACAAGUUAUUGUUUUUGUACACUAACCUUUUAGCACAUUCCUCUAGAGUAUGCACCCUGCAUUUCACUACACAAAUUGAGAAAUUAACAUGUGACAAAUUAUCUUUGAAUCAUGAAUCUGCCUUUGGACAAUCUAAGUAUGCAGAAAAAAAAGCCUUUAUGGGGUCAGCUGAGGUAGCAGUUUCUGCUACAUCACUAAGCUAGGCUAAUAUGUUAGCAGGAGUAGUUUAGCUGCUGUGCUUUUUUAGUGUCUCCACCAUUUUUGGAUUAGCGACUGUCUUGUUUAUAGGGGAAAACAAACUGAAUAACUGAGAUGUUGGAACAUCAAAAUUCAUUUUUUUUAAAUAAUACAAAAAAAGGUAGGAAGGAGUAGGCCUAGGUCAGUUGAGCUUUAGCUGGCUAGCUGUGGCUAUCUCCAGCUAGCUUUAACUUAAGAGCUUAGCUCUGUUUUGUUUUGCAACCUUUACAUGCUGUUUGCCACAUGCUUUAAAAUGAUACAUUUCUAUAGCAUAAUAAUAUUUUAAUAAUAUUUUAUAUGGUAAGACAAAGUCAAAAACUCAAUUUUGACCAUAUAUGUAGUUACUGCAUUUUGGCUCGAACAGGCCAAAAGAUGAAUGAGAUACAGAUGUACAAGGAUAAUUAUUUACUAGUCAUACCAAUUCUACUUUUACUGUCCCUUUUGACCAAUAUAUUAUAUGUGUAAUCAUGUAACUUGUAACAUUUUUAUUGUAUUAUUCAUUAAAGAAGAAAAUGAAAAUACUGCGAAUAAGA